AUUUUUGUGCAAUUCAUAUGAAUCAGCUUUCAAGUUAUCAUCAGAUUACAACUAAUAUUCUCGAGUAAUUGAUUGAAUACAAAUGAAAAAUAACCAGUAAUUUUAAAGACUCAAAAAACUGUGACGUAACGCGAAGAAGGAAAAACUAUAAGGAUGGGUUUUGACGAAGUGAUAUCACAGUUGGGGACGUUUGGCCCGUAUCAGCGUAGAAUAUACCUUGCCAUGUGCCUUCCCAUAAUAUCCAGCACCUUUCACGUAAUGGGAGGAAUUUUCCUAGCCGGUAAACCAGAUUUCAGAUGUUUGACACCCGGCGAAGACUCGGAAAAUGCGACUCACUUUAUACAACCGGAUUUGGCAAAUGUUACAUAUCCAUGGGAUCACGACACGGGAACUUGGUCGCGAUGUAAGAGGUACGAUUCAGACUACGGAGAUCACUAUGAAACCUCGAGUGAUGAUCGGAAUUCAUCGAUGCUAUCUGUUGUGACAUGCGACUCUUUUGUUUACGACAAAAACGAGUACGGGGUUACGGUUACGACCAAGUGGGAUCUAGUCUGCGAUAACGCGUGGUUGAAAACUGCAAGUGAAUCGCUAUUCAUGAUGGGUGUGAUGAUGGGAGUUCUGACUUUCAGUACAUUGUCGGACAGAUAUGGUCGAAAGACGACUUUGAUAUGGGGCUCAAUAGUGCAAUUAAUCUCUGGAUUACUCAUAGCUGCAGCUCCUAAUUUUACAGUGUACGUGAUUGGAAGAACGAUUGUUGCAACAACAACCACUGGAGUGUAUUUAACCACUUAUAUUGCUGCAAUCGAAACAGUUGGUCCAAAAAAGAAACUCCUGACUGGUAUUAGUGGAAUAUUUUUCAUCAUAGGUGCUCUUCUAAGUAUCUGCCUCGCGUACUUCAUCAAGAAUUGGAGGAUCUUACAGAUUGCCUUUGCUAUUCCAACUAUACUUCUUCUUGUAUUCUCGUGGUCUAUUCAUGAAUCUGCACGAUGGCUGCUGAGCAAAGGUCGCGUGGAGGAGGCAAGAGACAUACUUCGUAAGGCAUUUAUCGAAAACGGUGUAGAAUUGGCACCAGAUACGUUAAACGGUUUUUUGGAAAAUAACAGUGAGGAUCAAUCAAGUAGCAAAAAAUACUCGGUAUUUGCUCUUCUGAAGAAUCCGAGCAUAAGGAAAAGGAGUCUCAUACUGUUCUUUAUUUGGAUCGUAAACAAUUGUACGUUUUACGGUCUGUCUUGGAUGACGCCGAACCUUGGAGGCAACGUUUACGUAAAUUCUGGAAUCUCUGCCGGUGUGGAUAUACCCGCGUAUGUAUUCUUGAUCUGCAUAGUUGACAGGUUACCAAGAAGGAUUAUCUUGUGCAGUUGCAUGUGGCUUGUCGCAAUGACAUUAAUUUCAACAUUUUUCGUUCCCACCGAUAUGACGUGGCUGGUGAUAACUUUGUCUAUGAUAGGCAAAUUGAUUAUUUCAAUCUCAUACACGACCAUAGGUGUCUUCACAGCGGAACAGUUUCCUACUGUACUCAGAAAUACUGGCGUUGGAACUUGUUCAGCUAUGGCUAGAUUAGGUGGAAUUAUGGCGCCGAUGAUUAACGACUUGUCUAAAAUCUCAGUGGCCAUACCACUUGUAACUUUUGGAAGCUGCUCGUUACUGGCUGGUUUGCUGACACUUCUUCUCCCGGAAACGUUGGAAAGAAAGUUACCGGAAACGGUACAGGAAAUGGAAGACUUUGGAAAAAGAAAAAGUAAGACUGGUCGAGAAAUGGAUGUCACCUUAUUGAACGCUAGUAGGUUGAAAGCGUCCAAUGACCGACAUUGGAAGAACGACGAGACCAAAAGUGAUUAUUGUUAUUAACGGAAAU